AUGAUUGGAAACUUUAUGUUGACCAAAGAUGAGAUCAUUCACAUACUUAUUGGUCAAAGAGGGGAAAGACCGAAGCCGAAUUCAAACAAAAAGACUGGCUCAGGCGGAGGAGGUACAUUUGUGGUGAGAAAAAACAACACGCCUUUAAUCAUAGCCGGAGGUGGAGGAGGAGUUGCAAAAAUGACAGAACAACAUUCAGGAUGUGAUGCGUCCGUAAACACAACAGGGAAUGCAGGGUAUAACUCGCCAUUCCUGUCAGCAGGAAUGAACGGAUAUGGAGGACAAACUGAUAAACCGCACUCUGGUGGGUGAAGAAUUUCCUAUUUAUAAAUACUGAAUUAUAUUUUUUUGCAUUCUACUGCCAUCCAUCAGUAUUUCGAACAAAGAGGUGGUGCUUGUUGCUCAAUUUUUUUUUUUCAGAAUUACUAAAAGCCAUGAUCUGUUAAGUUGCUUAUGUCAACUGUAAAUCUCUUGAUUGUAGGAGGUGGUGGUGGAGGCUUUUACAGUAAUGGAGAAGACGCAAAGAUUUCUUUUGGAAAGGGUGAAGGGGAGGUAGAGGAUUUCUGGCCGGAGGAGAGGGCGGAACACAUCAGGGUGGUUUCGGAGGCGGGGGUGGUUAUCGUUUAG